AUGAAAUCUGUUCCAUACGUAUGUUAUGGUAAUUGUUUAUACGUUGAGUCAAAAAUAGCUAAUGUCACAGGUAUUUCAGGAGUUAAUAGUAAAGGUUCAGUAGAAUAUAAAUCCUUCUGUUAUGCAGUCAAUUCAAUGUUCAUUCCAAACGUUCCUGUCAUAGCAACUCAUUUAGGUAAAUGGGUUCGCAUUAGUCCUCAUAAUUUGAAAGACAUGCAAUUCAGACUUGUUGACUUUCAGGGCGAGCCUGUAGAACUGAAGGCACCAGUGCGAAUGACUGUUGAAGUUGACUUUUUAGAAAAUAUUAAAUGCAACAGCUUACAAGAGAACUCAGAGCUAAAAAUAUAA